CUUAAUAUUAACCCCAGAUUAAGAUUUGUUACAAAACCAAAUAAACAAAAACAGACAAUGGUUCAAGUGCUUGCAUGUCUUUUCCAUUGAUCUCAAAAAAAAAUUGUGCCUUUUUGUCAGUAUUUAUUUUGUCACUUCUGUAACAACAAUGGCGGAGUUUAAACCCAUAAGGUGGCUUCUUUAAAAACAUAUCCUUUUCGCGUCUGCAACAGAAAUCUCCAGGUUAUUGAAAGAAGAGACCUUUCUUGAUUAGAGCAAUGAAAUUGAGGUAAAGGGUUUAAUGGCAGGAUGGGAAGUUUUAAUGAUACUUCAUGUUCAUAUGUUGAUGUUGAGAUUAAGUAUGUUGAUGAAUGUGAGGAGAGGUUAAGGAGAUUGUUUGAUCAAGCUUUGUUGGUUUUUCUUGAGGAAGAGGGUAGUAUAAAGCCUCUCCCUGCAGUUAUAGGUGAUGGCAAAAAUGUUGAUUUGUUUAAGCUGUUUGUAUUGGUGAGGGAGAGGGAAGGGUUUGAUACUGUGUCUAGGAAAAGGUUGUGGGAAGUAGUGGCUGAGAAGUUAGGCUUUGAUUGUUCACUGGUUCCUUCUUUGAUAUUGAUUUACUUGAAGUAUUUGAACCGGAUGGAGAAAUGGGCGGUGGAGGAAUCUAGGAUUGUGAAUUGGGAUAAUAAGGAUAGUGAAAAGAAAGGGUGUUAUAGUGGUAUGUUGCAUGAGUUAGGGAAUGGUUUUAAGAGUUUGUUGGACAAUGGGAAGUGUCAGAAACGUAACAGAGCUGUUGCGUUUGGUUGUAACCAUAUGGAAGAGUCGUGUUCAGAGUUUGAUAGGUCUAGGAAGAGGUUUAGAGAGAGUGAUGAUGAUGAUAAAGGAGUAGGACUGUCUAGUGUUGUUAUUAGGGAGGAGACUGUUGUAUGUGCUGUGGAAGAAGGUUUGUCGGAUUUUUCCUUGGAGAAGCGAGACGAUUUACCGGGAAUGUUGAAGUGGCUGGCUUUGGUUGCAACAUCUCCUCAUGAUCCUGCCAUUGGAGUUAUACCGCAUAGUUCAAAAUGGAAGCAGUAUAACGGUAACAAGUGUUGGCUCCAAGUGGCUAGAGCAAAAAACUCUUUGCUGGUUCAAAGAGACAAUGCUGAACUCAGAUAUAGAUAUCAUCCAUUUCGGGGUCACCAAAAUAUACAUCAUCCGUCUAUGUAUGAAGAUGAUCGAAAGUCGAUAGGGAGGUUAAGAUACAGCAUAAGACCUCCAAAUUUAUCCAAACACUGUUCGAGCUCGUGUUGCAAUGGAAGCAGUUUGGUCUCUCUAUCUAAAUCAAGAUCUACCAAAUGCAGAAAACUGACGAUCAUUGCUUCUGAGAGAGCAGGCCUUACUGCAGGAACAUCUAGAGCCAGAAAGCGAAACAAAGCAGAGAUCCCGAGAAGGUGUAUUAAAGUAGGACAUCAACACCAAGCCCAAGUGGAUGAAUGGACAGAGUCCGGUGUAGAUAGCGAUAGUAAAUGGUUAGGAACCCGUAUAUGGCCGCCAGAAAAUAGUGAAGCUUUAGAUCAGACGCUUGGAAAUGAUUUAGUUGGAAAAGGAAGGCCAGAUUCUUGCAGCUGUGAGCUCUCUGGUUUUGUGGAAUGCACUAGGUUGCACAUUGCAGAGAAGAGAAUGGAACUGAAACGUGAGCUCGGCGAUGACUUUUUCCAUUGGAGAUUCAAUCAAAUGGGAGAAGAAGUGUGUCUAAGAUGGACAGAAGAAGAAGAGAAGAGGUUUAAAGACAUGAUCAUCGCGGAUCCUCAAUCUUUCUGGACAAAUGCGGCAAAAAAUUUCCCAAAGAAGAAGAGAGAGGAGCUUGUGAGUUACUACUUCAACGUCUUCUUGAUUAACAGAAGACGGUAUCAGAACCGUGUGACUCCAAAAAGUAUAGACAGUGAUGACGAAGGAGCGUUUGGUAGUGUUGGUGGCAGUUUUGGUCGUGAUGCUGUUACUUCGUCUGGUUCAGAUGUUAUGAUCUGUGCUCAGAAUCGUCAGUGUGAGGACUACUGAGUGAAGAAGCAGAAGAUUGUAACAAAAGGAAAAUGUGUUGUAUAAGGUUUAACUCAAAAAACUUCUUUGGAAGAUAGAAGUAUAGGAGUUUCAGUUUGUAGCUUUUUUC